UUUAUGUUUAAGCCUUACUUGUGAACAGGCACAACGAAUAGGUCCUACCUAUGAACCGUGGUGUGUGUACUAGUUAUAUCCGUGCAAACAUGGCAACUCACGAAGGAGAUUCAGAAGCCGGUGCUGGGAUAGGUGGGAAGAUGUGGAUGUUGUGUGCUGCACUGCUGGUUCUGAGCUCAGUCAGCUCUGUUGAUGGAGACUCAAAAGCUGUUACAACAACACUGACCACUAAAUGGCCCUCUACACCCCUCUUGCUGGAAGCCAGUGAAUUCCUUGCUGAGGAGAGCCAGGGCAAGUUCUGGGACUUUGUGGAAGCCAACCAAAACAUUGUAAAUGAUCAUGAUGACACAGAUCAGGCUUACUAUGAACUGAUCCUCAAGAGAGCCGGUGGACUGCUGAGCCUAGUGAAGCUUAACAUGCUUAAGUUUGCUCUGGCUCUGAGGUCUUAUUCAUCCACCGUCCAUUCUUUCCAGCAGAUCGCAUCUAAUGAGCCUCCUCCACAUGGAUGUAAAGCUUUCUUUAACGUCCACGGACAAACAUCUUGUGACACAGAAAGCCUUAAGGCCAUGCUAGAUACUGCGUUAGAUCGGCCAAAACCACACCUAUUCAAAGGCGAUCACAAAUUUCCCUCAUCCAAUCCAGACGCACCUGUUGUGAUUCUUUAUGCUGAGUUGGGCACCAAGGAGUUUUCCACAUUUCAUCAGCUGAUGCUGGGAAAAGCCAACACGGGCCUGAUCACUUACGUUUUACGACACUUUAUCGCGAACCCCAGCAAGAAAAAAGUAUAUCUGUCUGGAUAUGGAGUUGAACUGGCCAUCAAAAACCAAGAGUACAAAGCCAAAGAUGACACUCAAGUUCAGGCAGGAGCUGAUGUGAAUGCAACGGUGAUGGGUGAAAAUGAUCCUGUGGAUGAAGUUCAAGGUUUUCUGUUUGGCAAGCUUAAGACUACUUAUCCCGAACUAAAGGAACAACUGAAGGAGCUUCGUAAGCAUUUGAUCGAGAGCACCAAUGAAAUGGCCCCACUUAAAGUCUGGCAAAUGCAAGAUCUCAGCUUUCAAACUGCUGCCCGUAUCCUGGCAGCUCCAUCUGUUGAUGCUCUCAGUGUCAUGAGAGAUUUGAGUCAGAACUUCCCCACCAAAGCUAGGUCCCUAACAAAAACAGUGGUGAAUUCAGAGAUCCGUAAAGAGAUUGAGGAAAAUCAAAAGUAUUUUAAGGGAACAUUGGGUCUUCAGCCUGGUGACUCAGCUUUGUUUAUCAAUGGAUUUAAUAUUGACCUGGAUGUGCAGGACAUCUUUAGUGUCUUUGAUGUGUUGAGGAACGAGGCAAGGGUCAUGGAGGGUUUACGCAGUCUACAGAUAGACACCCCCUAUAUCCACGACAUCCUCAAACUUAACGUCCAGCCAUCAGAUUCAGACUACGCCGUGGAUAUCCGCAGCUCCGCCAUUAACUGGAUUAAUAACCUGGAGACUGAUGGUCGGUAUGCGUCCUGGCCCUCUAACGUACAGGAGCUGCUUAGGCCCACUUUUCCUGGGGUCAUUCGACAGAUCCGCAAGAACUUUCACAACUUGGUGAUGAUUCUGGACCCGACACACGGGAACACGGCUGAGCUGAUCAGCGUGGCCGAGAUGUUUUACAGCAACAACAUCCCACUCAGGAUUGGACUGGUGUUUGUGGUGGACGAUUCUGAUGAUGUUGAUGGCAAACAGGAUGGUGGUGUGGCCCUGCUGAGAGCUUUUAACUACAUUGCUGAUGAUGUGGACAACCAGAUGGCAUUCGAUGCUGUCAUAUCAAUACUGAACAAAGUUCCCAGUGGUGGCCGACUGAAGGUGGAACAUGUGGUGAGCGUGCUGGAGAAAAGAUAUCCCUACGUAGAGAUUAGCAGCAUCUUGGGACCUGACUCUGCCUAUGACAAAAACAGAAAAGAGGGAAAAGCAUAUUAUGAGCAAACCGGCGUUGGUCCUCUGCCCGUGGUGUUAUACAACGGUAUGCCUUUACAACGUGAGCAGUUAGACCCCGAUGAGCUGGAGACAGUCGUCAUGCACAAAAUCCUAGAAACCACCAGCUUUUUUCAGCGUGCCGUCUAUCUGGGAGAGCUCAGCAGUGAUCAUGAUGUGGUGGACUUCAUCAUGAAUCAACCCAACGUUGUCCCAAGAAUCAAUUCCAGAAUCCUGGCCACCAGCAGCAGGAACUAUCUAGACCUCUCCGCCACCAACAAUCAUUUUAUCGACGAAUACGCUCGUUUUCUCUUCCUGAACACGGAAGACAAGAAUGCAGCAGUGGCCAACAGCAUGAAUUACAUGACAAAGAAAGGAAUGUCAUCCAGGGACACUUCUGAUGAUGCCAUCAUCCGUCCAGUGACUUUCUGGGUAGUGGGUGACUUUGACCAGCCCUCUGGAAGGCAGCUGUUGUACGAUGCCAUACGUCACAUGAAAACCAGUAAUAAUGUGCGGUUGGGAGUGAUCAAUAACCCCAGCGAGACCCUGACUAAUGAGAACAGCCUGAUAGCUCGAGCCAUCUGGUCAGCCAUGCAGACCCAAACCUCCAACAAUGCCAAGAAUUUCAUCACCAAACUGGCUAAAGAGGAAACAGCACAGGCUCUAUAUGCAGGGAGUGACAUUGCCGAGUUUGCUGUUGGGGGCAUGGAUGUUCCUCUGUUUAAGAGCGCGUAUGAGUCCCCUAAAAUGGACUUCCUGUUGGCUCAUUCCGCUUUUUGUCGGGACGUCCUCAAACUGCAGAAGGGCCAAAGAGCUGUGAUCAGCAACGGACGGAUCAUUGGUCCGCUGGAGAAAGUGGAGGUCUUUAACCAAGAUGAUUUCCUGCUUCUAGAGAGCAUCAUCUUGAAGACAUCAGGGGAGAGGAUCAAGAGCAAAAUUCAACAGCUUGGCAUUGUAGAGGACAGAGCUAGUGAUCUGGUCAUGAAGGUGGACGCCCUGCUCUCCUCCCAGCCCAAAGUUGAAGCAAGACUGGAGCAUACCUUUGCAGAAGACAGAUACAGUGCAGUGAAGAUCAGGCCAAAAGAACAGGAAGUGUACUUCGAUGUGGUCGCCAUUGUGGACCCAGUGACCAGAGAUGCCCAGAAACUGGCACCUCUACUCCUGGUCCUGAAGCAGCUGGUCAAUGUCAACCUGCGAGUGUUCAUGAACUGCCAGUCCAAGCUCUCUGACCUCCCACUGAAAAGUUUUUACCGAUACGUCUUGGAGCCAGAGGUCACAUUUUCGGCAGACGGCAGCUUUGCUUCAGGUCCGCUGGCUAAGUUCUUGGACAUGCCUCAGUCGCCCCUAUUCACUUUGAACCUUAACACCCCUGAGAGCUGGAUGGUUGAGUCCGUCCACACCCGCUACGAUCUUGAUAACAUCUACCUAGAAGAGGUGGAAAAUGUUGUGGCCGCAGAGUAUGAGCUGGAAUAUUUAUUACUGGAGGGUCACUGUUUUGACGUAACAACCGGUCAGCCACCCCGCGGGCUGCAGUUCACAUUAGGGACCCCCUCGGACCCAGUUAUAGUUGACACCAUUGUCAUGGCCAACCUGGGCUAUUUCCAGCUGAAAGCAAAUCCGGGAGCCUGGAUCCUCCGACUAAGAAAAGGCAGGUCGGAAGAUAUCUACAAAAUCUACAGUCACGAUGGCACAGACUCCCCAGCCGAAGCUGAAGAUUUAAUCGUCGUCCUUAACACCUUCAAAAGCAAGAUCAUUAAAGUAAAAGUGCAGAAAAAGCCUGACAUGAUGAACGAGGAUCUUCUGAGUGAUGGUACCCAUGAGAAUGACUCUGGAUUCUGGACGUCUCUAACCAGAGGGUUUACUGGUUCCAAACCAGAAGAAACAAAGCAGGAGAAGGAUGAUGUCAUUAACAUAUUCUCAGUGGCCUCCGGUCACUUGUACGAGAGGUUCCUCAGGAUAAUGAUGCUGUCUGUGCUCAAACACACCAAGACACCCGUCAAGUUCUGGUUUCUCAAAAACUACCUGUCUCCAAAUUUUAAGGAAUUCAUUCCAUACAUGGCAGAGAAAUACGGCUUUCAGUAUGAACUUGUACAUUAUAAAUGGCCACGCUGGCUCCACCAGCAGACAGAGAAGCAAAGGAUCAUCUGGGGAUACAAGAUCCUCUUCCUUGAUGUCCUCUUUCCUCUGGCUGUGGAUAAAUUCCUCUUUGUAGAUGCUGAUCAGAUAGUACGGACGGACCUGAAGGAGCUGAGGGACUUUGAUCUGGAGGGGGCGCCUUACGGUUACACACCUUUCUGCGAGAGCCGGAGAGAGAUGGAUGGAUACCGUUUCUGGAAGUCAGGUUACUGGGCCAGUCACUUGGCAGGACGUAAAUACCACAUCAGUGCUUUGUAUGUGGUGGAUCUGAAGAAGUUUAGGAAGAUUGCAGCUGGAGACAGAUUGAGAGGCCAAUACCAGGGACUGAGUCAAGAUCCUAACAGCCUGUCUAACCUGGACCAGGAUCUGCCCAACAACAUGAUUCACCAGGUGCCCAUCAAGUCACUUCCUCAAGAGUGGCUUUGGUGUGAGACGUGGUGUGAUGAUGCGUCUAAAAAGAAAGCCAAAACUAUAGAUCUGUGCAACAACCCUCAGACGAAAGAGCCAAAGCUUCAGGCUGCUGUGCGUAUAGUAUCUGAGUGGAGCGACUAUGAUCAGGAGGUUAAGAGAAUCUAUAACCACUUCCUGGAGGGGAAAGAGAAACUUUCCAAACUUGCCACAGAAAGCAAUGACAUCACAGGUGGUGACAAGCACACAGAGCUGUAGAGAUGCUCUGCAGCUGAUGAAGAGGAGACUCUGUUUAAAGAGUCAUUUUUCUUCACCUGUUUUAAAUAAGCCUAUCCUCCAGAAAUGGGUUGACAUUCAUGCUGAACUUGACUUGAAGAAAAAUAAUGCAAAUUUCCUUUU